AUGAAGUCUUUGUUAAAUGCCUUAACAAAGAAAGAAGUGCCAUUCAGAGAGGCUCCCACUUAUUCAAACAGACGACGGAAACCUCACAGCACUUUGGCCACACCUCGCCUCUUGCUUCGGUCUAACAGCGAUAACAAUUUGAACGUCAAUCUUCCUGACUGGUCAGCUUCCCCUUUACCCUCUUCACACCGUAGCCUUUCGCCUCACCUAUUCCAACAGAUGCAGAAUAAUCCUAAUGGAACUGUGAAAACUGUGGGAAGUUACACUUCAUCUUCUCGGAGCCGCUCUCCAUCAUUAAAUAGGCUAGGAGAGGAUGCAAAGCGCCAGCAGCAACGGCACAUGAGUGCCAAUUAUAAUCCCAGUGCCAACAAGGACAUUAUAUCUGCUUUGGAUUAUCAGGGUCAAAAACGUAAACUGUAUAGUGCUGUACCUGGAAGACUAUUUAUUGUUGUGAAGCCAUAUCAGCCUCAAGGAGAAGGGGAAAUUCAUUUGCACAAAGGCGACAGGGUAAAAGUUUUGAACAUCGGCGAGGGUGGAUUCUGGGAAGGCAGUACUCGGGGAUAUGUUGGAUGGUUUCCUGCAGAAUGCGUUGAGGAAGUGCAAUAUAAACCAAAUGAAAGUAAACCAGUUUUGAACAUCGGCGAGGGUGGAUUCUGGGAAGGCAGUACUCGGGGAUAUGUUGGAUGGUUUCCUGCAGAAUGCGUUGAGGAAGUGCAAUAUAAACCAAAUGAAAGUAAACCAGGUUAG